AUGAGUUUCUUCAGCGACGACGAGGACGAUUUGAUGGACUUGGCCAAGUUUGAUUCCAUGGUUGAAACCGCCGCCGCGUUGCGAGAGAGAAGGCAGAAAGAGGAGGAGGAGGUGCGCGGUGUCGCCGCCGAAAACGCAAAGAAGAGGGCGGCGACGACGACGACGAAUAAUACGCAGAUGAUGAUUCGGAAAGAAAAUUUUGGAGGCCAGCAAAACGUCGUCUCUGGGGAAGCAGGUGCACACAUUUCGAAUUCAAACGCGCCGGCGACGAUGAAGCAACAAUCGAUCGCGCGGAUGUUCGUAACGACGACGACGGAUACUAAUAAAAGUGAUACUAAUAACACUAGUAAUACUAAUAACAGUAGGAAUAACGUGAGCGCGCAGCAGCCGAAAAAGGCGACGCAAACGCAAACGACCAAGAGAAACAACAACGCCGUCGCCAAAGGGGGAGGGACGCAGUUAACGUUACCGUCCGGGUAUCGACCGAACGCGUUUGAGAAUCCCGGUGAGUACGCGCCGAGAGUGUUUAAUACGAGUCACGAUAAUAUUUCGCGCGGGAGCGUUUUAGGGAACGCGAUGACGACAAACUUGCAACGAAAGCAGCAGCAGCAGCAGCAGCAGCAGCAGAAACAACAACAACCGGUAUCUGAAAUUGAUUUAGCCGCCGCGCAGACAUACAUUUACCCAGCACAAGUCAAUCGGAGAGAGUAUCAAUACGCAAUCGCCGCGAAUGCGCUCUUGAACAACACCUUAGUGUGUUUACCGACCGGUCUCGGCAAGACGCUCAUCGCCGCCGUGGUCAUGUUGAAUUAUAAGAGAUGGUUUCCAAACGGGAAAGUUAUUUUCGUAGCGCCGACGAGACCUUUGGUCGAUCAGCAAAUGCAAGCGUGCCACGAUAUUUGUGGCAUCCCGUCGGAAGAAACCGUCGUGCUAAUGGGUAGCACGAAGAAGAAAGGGAAAACGGUCUCGGAUUCGCGCAGAGAGCAUUGGAAGGAGAAGAAAGUAUUCUUUUGCACACCGCAGGUGGUGAGCAACGACAUCGAAACGGGCGAUUUGAACGCGAAAGAUGUCGUCUGCUUAGUCGUGGACGAAGCGCAUAGGGCGGUUGGGAAUUACGCGUACACGCAAAUUGUCGCCAAGUUGAAAGAACGCGGCGCAGUGUUUCGAAUUUUAGCGCUCACGGCGACUCCCGGGAAAGAGCUUGAAAGCGUUCAAAACAUCGUGUCGGCGUUAGAUAUUAACAGAGUUGAAUUUCGAUCCGAAUUAGAUGUAGAUGUGGCGAAAUACACGUUCAGAAAAGAUCUUGUCGUCGAGCCGAUUAGCCAGGACGAUGUUUCCGCGGGUAUUUUGACUUUAUUGAAGGACUCGAUGAAACCGCAUUUGAAACAAGCUACGGGAUUUGGCGCGUUUAACCCCGUUGAUAACAAUAAUAAUCACGGGAUACCGGUAUCAAUGAUGAAUGGACUUGCAUAUAACGUGAAACGGUUUCUUGACCUUCCAAAUGCUGAUCCACCGGCAAAAUUUUUACUGCAGCAAAUGUCGACGUUCGUACAAAGAGGUCUAAUUCCGACGAGAAAUAAAGACGCCUGCGGGCACUCUUUGCGACACGCGCAGCAUAUCACACACAUCAUCGAUUUGUUCACAAAAUUUGGUGCCUCUCAAGCGUACGAUUUCAUAUCACGUAAUCUUUCGCAUGCGAAAGUUUUGAGCGACAAGCACAUAGAGUUCAAAGAGGCAUGCGAGCUAAUUCGAUCGUUAGCCUCGAACGGCGCAAAGCACUCGCCAAAGUUGCAGAAGCUCGUAAAAGUUGUCGCGGAGCAAUUUAGUAAUAAUAGUAACAAUAGCAGUGGUAACGAUACGCGCGUGAUGAUAUUUUGCAGUUAUCGAGACACCGUUCGAGAUAUCGUCGAACAGUUGAGAGAAAUCAAACCGAGAGGCGAGAACGCGUGUGGAGUAAAAGUUGCACCUUUUGUCGGCCAAGGCUCUGGAGAGAACGCUCGAGAUAGGCGCAAUCGCGAAAAGCAAGUUUUAGCGCAACAGCAACACAAGAAUAAUAACAACAUCAAAGCAGGAGGAGGAGAGGGUGCCGCGGAUCCUUUGAUUUUCGAGAAACAAAAAGGGCAGAAACAAGCAGAACAAAAAGCGGUACUCGAAGACUUUCGAAAUGGCAACUUGAACUGCUUAGUCGCGACAUCGAUCGGCGAAGAAGGCCUCGAUAUUCCAACGGUCGAUUUAAUCGUCUUUUACGACGUGGUUGAUGUUAUUAGAACCGUGCAGCGUAUGGGUAGAACCGGUCGCGCGAGAAACGGAAAAGUUGUCGUGUUAGCAACCAAAGGAAAAGAACACAACAAAUUUACCUCGGAAUUGAAAAAAUACCACGAUUUACAAGGUAAGAUGAAAACGCCGGAUCGAUACGUCGUGAUGUGCAAAGACACUCCGCGGAUGAUUCCGGACGAGAUAUUUCCGUCGUGCGAGUUGAUUUGCAUCGAGAGUACGUCUAAGAAGGAGAAAAACGGCACGAAAUCGAGAACCGCGGCGUCACUUGCGAAGAGAACGAAACUACUGCAAGAGAACCAAGUAGGAAACAGUAGUAAAUCGAGGAAGUACACUUCCACUUCGACGCUCAUUUUUGACUCCAAUCCGGCCAAGCAAUAUCAAGCUUUGGAUGUUGGUAACGAAUCCCUCCUCAUUGCCUACCGCCUAGAGGCCGACGAGAUGAGAGGAAAGGCAGCGGCGACUGCGACGAUGGCAUCUUCAUCGCUCGUUUUUGAAGAUGACGAGCAGCGAACGCAUCUGCAAGAGAUGAAAGAGAAAGGUUUCGCGGGAAGCUUGCCAUACCAGUGUCAAUACCAAAAGGUGUACAAUUUUGAACACGGUGCGAUGACUAAGUUUCUUGUUCGCUCCAUGUCGAAAUUACAAGGCAUCGAGAGAAGUCCAUCGGGACCGGGAGGUUCAACCAACACUUCAAUCAAUGACUUUGACGAUGAAUUGUGGUGUGGAGAUGCUAUUGCUGGUGGUGCGGUGAACGAAAAGAGACAACACACGCAGAGGAUUCGAGAUGGCGUGAACUUGCGCGUAAACGAAGGCGUCGACAUCGACGAAUACGAUCGAAAAAUUUUCCCUCUCUAUCCCACGGAUGCAGAAAACGAAGAACACUAUGACUACGGCGCUGGUGUAGAUGGUGUAGAUGAUGAUAUUCCGGUGAUAAUAAAUGACGAUGAAGCCUAUUCGUUCGAGAAUAAUGAAGUUGUCAUCUCUUCCGACGUCGAUGACGAGGAUGAGCUCUUACCGGAGGUACUCCGGGAAGAAGAAGAAGUAGUAGCAGUUCAAGAUAUGCCUCCUACCGAGGCAGGUACUCGCGCUGAUCAGCCGAUUUUGUUCUCAGACGAGGAGGAGGAGGAGCAAGAGGAAGAAGUCCCGGUGAUCGGUACCAUGGAACCAAAGAAAGAGGAAGAGAAUGACGACGAUGAAGUCAUCGUAAUCGAAGAAAAAGAAUCCCUAAAGGUGUCACCAGUUCCUGAACCUCGACCGCAAAGAUCUCCGUCGGCAGCAGAAGCGGUGCGAAUGCGCUUAUCUUUGGCUGCUUCUCGUGAACCGUCAGCACCACCAUCGUUGCGCAAAAAUUCUGCUGACGCUGCACCGAUACUCUCGCGCGUCUCGCUGGCAACAGAAAACCAAGAGUUAGUCGAGAAGACGCUGGAUCACAUGCCUUUGAAUAUUUUGAAGGAGCACGUGCUGAUCGCGAGAGAGAAAGCGGAGGAAGCUGAAGAACAGCGACGUCGAAGCGUCUCGAUGCCACCUCCCGAUCCGCGCGUGCCGCGAACGAACUCCUCCAAAAAGAAGAAAACUCAACAACAACAACAAAAUUCGGAAGGCUCGUUUCCGAGCGAUGAAAGUUUGCGCUUCAAGAGACGACGACGCGAAAAAGUCCCGAAAGAGCCGUCUCCUGUGCUACCAGUAGCUCCCAGCGUUGCCGCUCUUGAUGUCGUCGCAAACAAUAGACAUCAAAAACAGCAACAGCAACGCAAGAAACCUUUGAAGAAAAAAUCGACAUUUUUGGACGAUAUUGCCGGUGGCGAAGGAGGUGACGACGACGACGCGAACGAACAGGAUUACGACUCUGAUGAUGCCCGUUUCAUCGACGACGAGUCUCCAGAGACUGGAGGUGAUGGACAUCGUCAUCAUCCGCAAUACUUUAGUUCGGCUGGAAACACGGACGGCGAUACGAACAACCGCAAUGUGCCAUUUACAAAUAACAGUGGGAAUCCGUACACGCAACCGACUCCUAUGGUAAAUCUGGGUGAUACUUUUGCUCGGUUUGGUCCGCGAAAUCAACAGUAUAACGUCCAGGACACGCCGCCAGAUUCUUCGAUGGAAAACCACACUCAAACUACGGACGAGUACGAGGAUUCGUUCAUCAAUGACGACGAAAUCGAUUACGACACAGAAGAAGAUGAUGGUGCACUUCCGAGCGUUCGAAAACAUGAUGAAGAGAAAAGGAAGAAGAGAGUUCUGGUUAAAAAAUCAACGCAUAACGUGACGAAGAAACGCGUGAGUAAUGAUAGCAUGUCUUUGAGCGACCCGGCGAUGAUGGCGAAGAUUUCGGAGUCUCGCCACGGCGUCGUAUCGACUUUACCUUCGAACAACAACACUCAAGAAGAGGAGGAGGAAGGAGGAGAACACAAACGAAAGAUGCCGGUGUCGCAUGCUCCGCUCGUGCCAGUACCGCCUGUGAUCGUAGACUUACUCGAUGAUGAGUUCGAAGACGACUGGAACAAGGGCAAUUCCGACGACGACGAUUGGUGA